AUGAACAAUCCCCACAUCUCCACAAUCUCUUCACCAUCAUCAAAUGCAACAGAAAUAGAAGAAGAACCAGUCAAGCUCCUAUACUCAAAAUCUAAGGUAUAUGUUCAUCCUUCGAGCAAUACGGUAGACUUUAUACCAGGAUUUAUGUCGAUUGUUGAGAAGUCAGUUGGAAAUUAUCUCGUAGCUUGGACACCAGAAGCCUUGAUUCCGACAAAAGACAUAGAAGCUUUUGUACAAGUGGAUGUCAAUCCAGACAAUGCAGAGGAGAUAGAUGGGCGUACAAACAACUUACCAAUUUAUAUAGCGUCCGUUAUGGUCUCUUUAGAAUCAGAAGGGUGCAAACUAUACGCCAUAUCUACGCCUGUGGAUGCCAUCCAUUCCUUCCUGAUUAAGCCUCCUUCUUUUUCAAAAUGGUAUGGGAACAUCACCAUCAAUUUCAAAGAUGGCCAUAGUUCCGCACCUCUAUGGUUCCAUGACGAUGAAAGCAAAAGUACCACACUUCAGAAAAAUACACAAGGGGGUAAAUUCACCUCGGACAGCGAUACCCAGACUCGUUGGGGUGGCGAUGAGUUUCUUGCGCGGUUAGGACAAUUGAUUCAUAUCACUAGAUCACCUGACAAUGAGAGUUUAUAUAUAGUAAAGAGCAACAGUAGCAGAACUUCAGCAUCAAAAGUCGUCGAAAAUAGCAAACGAGAACCCACCUUAUUUGAAUCAACCCAGAUGGAUCCAUUUGUUGCUACAGUGAAAGAAGCCAGGUGGAACAUACUAGAGAAACUGUCCCGAGUUACCAAAUUUUCCCGCGAUACAGCACUUAGUCUACUAAGCAGCCCUGCAUCUAGACCAUUCGUACCUCUUUUGCCACACAGCGUUCAAGAAUUAUGUAGUAAUGAAACUGUAAAGAGAACUAUUGAUGAUUAUGAUUCAGCUCGUAUCUUCCUGGCGAAAUGGGCAGCUGGGCUAGCAGCGCAAUCAGAAAAUUCAGCUCCUCGUGACAGGAAGUAUCGGCAUGUCGGCGUAUGGGGGCAUGAUGGUGGUGAGGAAGAUACUGCUUUGGGUGUUUUCGAGAUCUUAAAUUCAGAAAAUGACUUUUCUAUUCCAACACAUACCAGGAGAGAGCCUGUUGGUGAAGCUGAAUGGGAGACCUGCUUUGAUACAGAUGGAAAACUGACGGUAGAAGAAUCAACAAUAAAAAAAAUGAUAUUUUGUGGAGGUUUGAGUCCAGCCAUCCGCAGAGAAGCUUGGCUGUUUUUAACAGGUGUCUAUGCCUGGAAUUCAACUGCUGCUGAGCGAAAUUGUUCGAAAGAACAAAAAAGAGAUGAUUAUCAGGCUUUGAAGAGUAAGUGGAGUGAAGAUACAGAGUAUCGGAAAACAGAUUAUUUCAAAGAUCAAAAGCACAGAAUAGAUAAAGAUAUUCACCGCACAGAUAGAAGUCUUGCGAUUUAUGCAAAUGAAACAAUGCCGAAUCCAGAUAUUGUUAUGAACGUUGGAACGAACGAACAUUUGGAAACUUUGAAGGAUAUUUUAUGCACCUAUAACGUGUACAAUACUAACCUUGGUUACGUACAAGGCAUGUCCGACCUACUAUCUCCAAUUUAUGUUGUUAUUCGCGACGAAGCGUUGAGUUUUUGGGCAUUUGCUGGUUUUAUGGAUCGUAUGAAGUCCAACUUUUAUAAGGACCAGUCCGGCAUGCAUAAGCAACUGCUAACGAUGGAUUUAUUGCUACAAUUCAUGGAUCCUUCUCUCUACAAGCAUCUGCAAAAGACUGACAGUGUCAACUUUUUCUUCUGUUUCCGUUGGAUGCUGGUUUGGUUCAAACGCGAGUUCAAAUGGGAUGAUAUGUUGGUUUUAUGGGAAGUGCUCUGGACAGAUUAUUUGACUUCCAAGUUCCAUCUUUUUGUUGCCUUAUCUAUUUUGGAUCAGCACCGCGACGUUAUCAUCGAGUAUUUGACAAAUUUUGACGAAGUUUUAAAGUAUAUCAAUGACCUAUCACUGACGAUCAACCUUGAGGAAACACUGCAACGUGCUGAAAUUUUGUAUUAUCAAUUCAAACAGCGUGUUGAAGCUGUGGAUUGUAAGCGAGAGCAAUUGAAGGAGAAACUCUCUAAUAAAUCAACAGCAGUAACAGAAGACGAACGAGAGUUAACGAGGGACGAUUUGGCAAAACUACCAGUCAUCAACGAACUUUUACGCGAAAUUUUGUCUUCUUCUUUUACAGAGACUGAAAAUUCUAUAUAA